UGCAGGCCGGUCAUGUGACAGUGACGUCACGUCUCUUCUCAUGGUGCAGCAUGCAGCGGGUCACCCCUGACCGGCUGGAGGUUAGAGGGUGUUGAGGAUGACAGCCAGGGGGACUCCUAGCCGCUUCCUACAGAGUGUGCUGCAAAAUGGCGUGGGGAGAUACGUGUGCCAGCUCAAGAGGCUCACCCUGAUCUUCAGUAAGGACGCGCAGCCCUCCCGGGGAGCCAGGGAGUACAUUGAAGAGAAAGCAGUUGACUUUGCCAAGCAGAAUCCUGGGAUUGUUGUGUACAUCAGUCCCAAGCCGUGCAGAGUCCCCAAACUGGUGGCGGAGUAUUUGAAUGGAAGCAUCAGAGAAGAAGCCAUUAACAGCAAGACUGCUGAGGAAAUAGCACAACUCAUACAGAAAAUGGCCAGCCAAUCUGGUCUGGAUGUCAUCCGGAUACGCAAACCCUGCCACACAGACAACCCGAGCAUUCAGGGACAGUGGCACCCUUUUACCAACAUGCCAACCUCUAUCAGUCUCCAGUCUUUUGAUGCCGCCAGCCAACAGACGGACUCUCCAUGACAGGCUGAUUGUCAGAAUACAGAUGACUUGUGGAAGGUGGCCUGGAACCUCAUGCCAGAAUACCAGGAGGAUUCAUUUACUUUACAUCGGUGAACUGCCUUGUAUUGGACCUGGAAUAUGUUUGAAUUAAAUUGCUUUUCCUAAA